AGCCUAUUACUCUUUAUAGUAAUACCAUAAAUACAGUACUACACUUCACUAAACCAAUUGGAAAACAUGUUGUCAGCAUUGUUUGUGUACGACAACAAGGGAGACAUUUUGGUGUCGAAGAUAUAUAAGAAUGGAGUGAAGAGAAAUAUCCUGGACGUGUUCAGGAUUCAAGUCAUAACGUCUUCUAAUCAGGCAUCCAAAUCAGGAACCAAUGUUUCUACCAAUUACAAUAAAUCACCAGUACUAACAUUAGGAUCAACUUCAUUCAUAUAUAUUCGAUCUGGAAAAGUAUGGCUCUGUGCUAUAACUCGAUCUAAUCAAGACUGUUCAGUAGUAUUUGAGUUUCUCUAUAAGCUUGAAUCACUUUUGAAAUUGAUCUUAUUAGGAACUAAUAAUAUUAAUAAUGGUAGUAAUAGUAAUAGUAACUUAUAUCAACUCAAUGAAGAAUUAUUGUCCAAUAAUUUUGUUAUGAUUAAUGAAAUAUUGGAUGAAAUUGUGGAAUUUGGUUAUCCAACUGAUAUGGAAUUAAAUCAUUUAAAGCAAACAGUUCUCAGUCUUAAACCUUCAACUACUAGUGAUAGUUUUAAUUUAAAGUUACCUUCACUUACAAGAAGAAAAUCUUCAGCUUUAAGUAUACCAGUUUCAUUAAAUUCUCAUGAAACUAAUGGGAAACUGAAGGUAAGUUGGAGAGAUGAAGGGAUAAAAUAUAGAAGAAAUGAAAUCUUUUUAAAUGUAGAAGAAAAGAUUAAUAUAUUAAUGAAUUCUGAGGGUCAAGUUUUACGAUCAUAUAUUGAUGGAGUUAUUAAUAUGAAAACACAUUUAUCAGGAAUGCCUGAAUGUAAAUUUGGAUUUGGAGAAAAUAGUAUACUUUUAAAUUCAUCUAAUGAGAAUAGUUCUAAUCUAAACGAAAAUAAUGUUAUUUUAGAAGAUAGUAAGUUUCAUCAAUGUGUGGAUUUGAGUAGAUUUGAUUUUGAUAGAUCUAUUUUAUUUAUUCCACCGGAUGGAGAAUUUCAAUUAAUGAAUUAUCAUUGUCGACUGAAUAUAAAUCUUCCAUUCCAAAUUUAUCCACAAAUCACUGAAAUUGGUAAUCUGAAAUUGAGCUAUAAAAUAAGAGUCAAAUCUUUAUAUUCUUCCAAACUUCCAGCUCUUGAUUUACAAGUUAAGAUUCCUACACCUACAGGAGUUUUAAAAUCAAAUAUAUCUAAUUCAUCCGGGAAAUCAAAGUAUCAUCCCGAUCAAAAUCUCAUUAUAUGGAAAUUUAAUAAAUUCUUUGGUGAACAAGAACACAUACUUACUGCUGAAGUAGAUUUAACUCAAACUACUACUUCAGGUAAUGCUUUAUCUAAUUCAUUCAAUUGGACAAGACCUCCAUUAACUCUCGACUUUAAGAUCGAUAUGUUUUCUUGUUCAGGUCUUACGGUUAAAUUCCUUAAAGUACAAGAGAGGGGUAACUACAAGACUGUCAAAUGGGUUAAGUAUUGUACUCAUUCGGGAUCAUAUGAAGUUCGUCUCUGAUAUAUAGUUAGAAGUAUAGGUAGAGUAAGAGUAAGAGUAAGAGUAAGAGUAAGAGUAAGAGUAAGAGUAAGAGUAAGAGUAAGAGUAAGAGUAAGAGUAAGAGUA